UGCAGUGUACGUCACGUGACCUGGUGACGUCGCCGCUGGGUUUUUACCGCCCGCCAUAUCUACAGUUUGGUGACGUUCUUUCUUUUGGCUCAUUUGUACAAAUUUUUAGCUUCAAACUCGACAUUUAGGACACAUUUAGGUACCACAAUGGCCACAGGUGCCAAUGCUACUCCUCUAGGACGGCUUCACCCUCUUCUAGCGAGUGGUGGAACCAAGCGAAUCGGCGGACGAAGAGGGUUCUGGUGGAAAUUGGAAUGAUAGGGAAGGCAGGUCAAAGAAGCGGCGUAGUCGCUGGCAACAAGACGUCGACAAAAAGACCAUCAUCCCUGGAAUGCCAACUGUCAUUCCUCCAAAUCUCCCCAAAGACCAAGAAAGACAGUAUCUAGUUCAUCUGCAAAUUGAGGAAAUUUCCCGGCGCCUUCGCACAGGAGAUCUGGGCAUCCCUCCCAACCCCGAAGACAGUGGUCUUUCGUACAGCGGUAUGACGGGACAGGAAUAUUCAAGACAGAGGUCGCCGUCUCCCGAGCCUAUCUACAACAGUGAGGGAAAGCGACUGAACACCCGCGAAUAUCGCACACGGAAGAAACUGGAGGAGCAGCGCCACAACCUCAUACAAGAGGCGCUGCGACUCAACACGGACUUCAAGCCUCCUGCCGACUACAAGCCUCCGGUGACCAGAGUGAGUGAUCGAGUAAUGAUCCCACAGGAAGAACAUCCAGACAUCAACUUUGUCGGCUUGCUGAUUGGCCCACGUGGAAACACUUUGAAGAAGAUAGAGAAAGAUACUGGAGCAAAGAUUAUGAUUCGCGGGAAAGGUUCCGUGAAGGAGGGAAAGAUCGGGCGUAAGGACGGCCAGCCACUGCCUGGCGAGGAUGAACCACUCCACGCGCUGGUGACCGCCAACAACGCCGAGUCAGUCCGCAAGGCCGUUGACGAGAUUAAAGCCAUUCUGAAACAAGGGAUUGAAACACCCGAGGGGCAGAACGAUCUGCGGCGUAUGCAGCUGCGGGAACUUGCGCGCCUGAACGGAACACUCCGGGAGGACGAUGCUCACCGGUGCACGAACUGCGGCUCAGCGGAACAUCGGACCUGGCAGUGUCCUGAGCAGCGAAACAUCACCAAUAACGUGGUGUGUACCAUGUGUGGCGGCGCCGGUCACAUCGCCUCCGACUGUCGGCAGAAGAGGCCAGGUGAAAUGGGAGGAGUGAACCCUGUCUCUGGAGUAGACAAGGCCAAAAUGGACAGUGAGUACAUGUCCUUGAUGGCAGAGCUUGGAGAGGGGCCGCCGCCACCUUCUUCUGGCCCAGGCAACCGUGGACCGCCACCUAACCGUGGACCACCACCAAACAUUGGCAACAGACCCCCCUGGAUGAGUGGACCCCCCAAGGCCAUAGGAGCCCCCCCUGGCGGCCCACCCCCUCCCGUUCCCCCACCCCCUAAUGUCCCCAGCAUGGUGCCCCCUCCCUCUACCAGUAUGUCGGGCAUGCCACCCCCCUCCAGCAAUGCUAACAUGCCCCCCUGGCAGAUGCCACCCCCCAAGACGUCCAUGAACAACAAUCAACAGCCACCACCACCAGUUCCCAUGGUGCCGCCGCCGCCCCCUCCCCCAUCAUCGAGCCAGCCGGCGCCCCCACCCCCACCAAGCAGUGGUAUCACCAGCCUGCCCUGGCAGAUGAGCAUGAGCACGGCCAGCACUACUUCCACCAUGGCCUCCGCUCCCUGGCAAAGUGCCCCUACCUCAGGAGGCCCACACAACCCUGGACCCCCGAUGCCAUGGCAACAGCAGAUGGUACAGCCCGUCCCCCCACCAGGCAUGCCCAUGAUGCCGCCACAGCCGCCCCUACCCCCCGGGCCGCCUCCCCCACCCCCUGGCGGGAUGUUCGGACAGGCCCCCCCUCCUCCCCCUAUGGAUUUCUCCCAAAUGGGCAUGCCCCCUGCUCCUCUUGGUAUGCCCCCUGCACCCCCUCCUCCCCCACCAAACUAAACCAAGUGGUACAGUCCACCAGAUCAAUUUGCAUACGUGAAAAAAAUGAAGAAAAGCGACAAAAAAAAGUGGAGUCAUCCUUUAGAGAAGCGUAGCACUUACAUUUGUGGAGAGAAUGAGGGGGGGCUGCAUGCGAUGGAAAAUCUGAGAUGCAGUGAAAAGUUUCAACAGCAGAUGGUGUCAAUUGUUGUUCAACUUCUUUAAUUUUCACGUUUUUAUAAGCACCGCUCUGUCUUUAAAAUAACAAACAAUAUGUAACUACAUGUACUAUUACGGAAAAGGACAUCUUGUACUAAACGUGGAAAGACAACAAGAAAAGGGCACUGAGAAAUAUGAUAAAGCAAGCCAUUUCUAACAUUCAUACAUAUAAGUAAAGUCACUGUUCCAUCAACAUCAACUUAAAAAUGUACAUUUAUAUCAAGUAAGGAUGGGCUACAUAUACCUAGUUAAUAGUUGAUAAACAUUGUAGUAGAAGUGUUGAAAAUGGCAGAAGUGUAUGGUUGCAUUUUAUGAAGAAAGCUUGAAGAUGUGCAUGUGAAUGAUACAAGCAUGUAGAAUACAGAAAUUCAGCUGUUCUGAUUCACAUCCAAGUAACAUCCACAUCCAUUUAUGUCUCAAAUCCAACCUGUAGAAUUUUGUGUGGGUUGAAGUCAUGUUUUUUUAAUGCUUGCAAGGAAAAGAAAUGUAAAAAAAAACGGUUUAACAAGCUAUUUGCAUUAUAGACAGCUGUGAAGGAGGGUGGGUGAAUAGAUAAUGGUGUUGGUUUCUCAAAAACGUGUAAAUAUGCUAAUAUUCUGGGGAUCCAGUUUUCUUGGGGUGCUUGUGCUUAGACUGAUAACUAUGGGCUAAUUUCUCAUUUAUAUCAGAUCAUUGCAAAAGGUUGGGGUGAAGCAUUUUCUUCUGGGGUGAAAUUUUCUGUCAGUAAAUUAGAGAUUUUUCGGGUUGUAAUUUUGUUAAAAUGAAGCCUGUGUUUUGUGCAUUGUCUUCAAAUACACAAUACUAGAACUCCCUAAGCCAAAUAGCUCAAUUAGUAUAAAUACUCAGCUAAAAAGGGGUGUUUUGGAAGAGUUAACGCUAUUUAGACAUAUUUUGUGAAGUGUAGAACUAAGGUCUUGCAACUAGUUUACAUGAAUUUGUUCCAAUGUUAACAUACAAGUGCGGAUACUACUAUCUUUAUUGAAGAAAUGCCUUACUUGAUAGGUUACACUUUGAUCAUCAUUUGAACUGAUUUUGUUUCAAAUUUUGAUUCUAAGAGAGCAAAAAUUUUGAAAGUGAAGUAUGUGUAGUUAUAGAUGUAGCCAGACUGUGUUCUGAAUGGAUUACACUAGAAAACCCAAAUCUAACGCAACACUGGAGUAUACAAUCUUCCUAAUUUUGUAAUUCUAACCUAUUUCACAGCCGUUACAAUCAAAAUGUGUUAUUUUGCGGUGUAAUUACAUCAACUUGUCAUUUUGUGCACAUUAUUAAGUGCAAGAUGUAAAAUUUCUUAGGGGGGUCAAAAUCAUGUGCAAGCUAAACAUACAAGUCAAGGCAAGGAGGUUUAAUUCCUUAGGGAACUUUUUUGUCCUUUCGUCUGGCUUUUCAGGGGUAACAAAAACUGUAAAGAAAUGUCUGCUAUAGUUUGUAAAAAGGUUGGAAAUGUCAAAUCUAUAGUCACAGUUGAAUUGUUUGUUGCUGAUUUGAUUAUCUUAGUGUUUUCUCAUUAUUUCAAGUCUUGAAUCGUUCACUUCAUAAUGUGAUUGCAAAGUUAACUUCUUUGUGUCAGAAUAUGAAUUCAAUAAAGUUGAUAAGAAAAAAA